GGGGCUGGUGGAGGGAUGGAGCCAAAACUGGCAACCCUGCUUCAACUGCCAAACGUUGUCACUGGGUGCUUGUGACAGGGAGAGGACAAAUAGAAGCUUGGGAAUUCUCGCCGCUUUGUCAUGGGCCCUCGGGGGUCGAGCAAGUGCCACCGCCACUAGUCAAGCGGGAGAGGAGGGAAGACAGUGGAAGCAAGCACAAGGCUUCUUAUAAGCCACGGGAGGAGACGGAAGAAGAAGGAGAAGAGGCCAAGGGGGCACGAAAGGCAAUUUUUAGCUCCUGUCGACCCGGUAAGGCCAAAAUGAAGAGACCACACGAUUACAGCUCAGAGUCGGACACGGACGAGCUGAUUGACGUGGGACAAGAGGACGGUUACUGCCCAGUCACCGGGUCCAUGUCGCCUGGCAGCGCAUCACAGAUUCUGGCCCGAAAGAAGAGAAGAGGGAUAAUUGAGAAGAGGCGGAGGGACCGGAUCAAUCACAGCCUAUCGGAGUUAAGGAGACUGGUGCCAAGUGCUUUUGAAAAACAGGGUUCCUCAAAGUUGGAGAAAGCCGAGAUUCUGCAAAUGACUGUGGACCAUCUCAAAUUUCUGCACGCUAUGGGAGGAAAAGGUUACUUUGACGCGAGGGCGCUGGCAGUGGACUACAGGACCCUGGGCUUCAGGGAGUGCGUUGGAGAGGUGGUCCGGUACCUCAGCUCUCUGGAAGGAGAGUCUCCAGACCCGAUAGGCGCUCGCCUGGUCACUCAUCUUUCCCACUGUGCAAGCGAGCUGGACCCCCUGGUUCUCCAGUCGCACCCAACCUCCGCUUUGCCCUUCCCUCCUUGGCCCUGGGUGUCCUUCCCCCAGAUGUCCGCCGCCCUACCGGCCUCAUCCUCACCGCCGUUCCCCAGCGGACGACGGGAUCUCGCCUUGAUGGGGAGCUACCCGCCGGCGGCGGCCCUCCGCCUCGCACCGCUGGCCGGCUGCCAACGGGGGGCGCCACCCCUCCUGGCCCCCUCGGCUCUCGCCCACAGGCUGCCGUCCCCCGCGGCAUCCCCAUCCUCGGGCCCACCCAGGCUGACGCAGGUCUCCCCUCGCAGCACCUCCAAGAACUCGCCUCUUCCUCCCGCCCCUUCCUCUUCCUCUCCAACCACCGCGCCACCGCUCGUUUCUUUCCGACCAUUUGCUCCUUUGGUAUCUUCCGCAGUCCAGCGUCGGGGCUUAGUUGGAUCGGGCAAAUCCGCUCAAGGAUGGGCGACUGAAAUUGGAGCUUUUUGAGGACUAUUUUUUUUUCUUGUUUCAAUAAAAUCCAAAAUGACUUGUGCAAAGGAUACAAAACUCCCAUGUAGCAAAUGACUGCCUCUUUUUCAAAGGACUCUACAAGCCAUAUCAGACUGAAAGUUUCUGAUCCUUGCCAACAAGAUCAAGAAACAAUGAAGACAACAUGUAAGGACGAUUUCAUUGUCAAAUGGAAGAACAUCCAAAAGAGCCAUAUGUUUAACAGAAAGCAAUGAUUCUUCAGCUGUUAUGUAUUACUUUCCAAAUCAACUAUACAUAAGAUGAGUAUUUACGGCAAAGAAUGUUUCGGGAAAAAAAAAUCUACAUAAAAACUAAGUGCCUUUACCUUU